AUGACAGAUGGCUUUGAGCUCUUGGAGGGUGAAAGGAAAGGUGUAAACAAAUACUACCCUCCGGAUUUCAACCCCGAAAAGCAUGGCUCUCUCAACCGAUACCACAACAGCCACCCCCUUCGGGAGCGGGCUCGGAAGCUGUCCCAAGGCAUCCUCAUCAUCCGGUUCGAGAUGCCAUACAACAUCUGGUGUGACGGCUGCAAGAACCACAUCGGCAUGGGUGUUCGUUACAACGCGGAAAAGAAGAAGGUUGGCAAUUACUACACGACCCCGAUCUACAGGUUCCGGAUGAAAUGCCACCUCUGCGUCAACUACAUCGAGAUGCAGACAGACCCCGCCAACUGCGACUACGUGAUCGUCAGCGGCGCCCAGCGCAAGGAGGAGCGCUGGGACAUGGCGGACAACGAGCAGGUGCUGACGACAGAGCACGAGAAGAAGCAGAAGCUGGAGACGGACGCCAUGUUCCGGCUGGAGCAUGGGGAGGCCGACCGCAGCACGCUCAAGAAGGCGCUGCCCACCCUGAGCCACAUCCAGGAGGCCCAGAGCGCCUGGAAGGACGACUUUGCCCUCAACAGCAUGCUGCGGAGAAGGUUCCGGGAAAAGAAAAAGGCCAUCCAAGAGGAGGAGGAGAGAGACCAGGCCCUGCAGGCCAAGGCGAGCCUGACCAUCCCGCUGGUGCCCGAGACAGAGGACGACCGCCGGCUGGCCGCCCUGCUGAAGUUCCACACCCUGGACUCCUACGAGGACAAGCAAAAACUCAAGCGGACGGAGAUCAUCAGCCGCUCCUGGUUCCCCUCCGCCCCGGGAUCGGGCCCCAGCAGCAAAGUUGGCAGCGUCCUGAAGAAGCUGGCCCAGGGCCGGAGACCCACGCCCGCCGGCUCCCCCAUCACGGUGGGGGACCUGGGCAUCGUGCGGCGGAGGUCACGCGAUGUCCCCGAGAGCCCCCAGCACGCGGCUGAGACCCCCAAGUCUGGAGAAGCUCAGGUGCCACAGGGGACUGCCCAGGACAGGCCCACGUCCCCUGGAGACUGUCCUCAGGAGCCAGCAAAGACCCCCAAGACAAGUGCGCAGGAGGGGAGCUGCCAGGACAAGCCCCUGUCGUCACCAGGCUCCUCCCAGGAGGCAGCUGAGCCCCCAGACAGGCCACACCCCUGCGCCGUCAGCUCCUCGCUCGUGGCCGACUACUCGGACUCGGAGAGUGAGUGAUUCCGGGACUGGACCCGCUGCAGAGGCCGUGACACAUCCAGGAGGCGCCGCGCAGACUGCAGACCCCGGCUCGCGCAGCAGCCCCUGGA